AUGUCAGAUCCCCGAAUCUACACGGUCGGUUGGAUCUGUGCUAUUGCAACCGAAUACCUCGCUGCGCAACUGUUUCUGGACGAGGAGCACGACCCACCAGAGUCCGUGUCUGUCAACGACAGUAAUGACUACACACUGGGCAGGAUUGGAAGACACAAUGUUGUUAUUGCAGUACUUCCACUCGGUGAAUACGGAAUAUCUUCAGCUACAGGCGUUGCCAAAGACAUGCUUCAUAGCUUCCCUAACGUCAGGAUUGGUCUGAUGGUCGGCAUCGGCGGCGGCGCACCAACUAGCAAGCAUGAUAUCCGUCUUGGAGACGUGGUUGUUGGUAUAUCCAGUAAUGGUGAAGGCGCUGUGUUUCAGUAUGACUUUGGAAAGACCUUGCAAGGUCAGGAAUUCCAGACUAUGGGGUUUCUAAACCAGCCGCCCACUGUUAUACGGACAGCUGUUCACGGACUUUUAACAGACUACAAGCGAAAGGGUCAUCAGCUUAAUACGCAUAUUAACGACAUCCUGGAAGAGAACCCGAGACUUCGAAAGGACUUGCAACGACCUGAACCGAGUACUGAUCGACUCUACGAUGCCUCAAAGGUGCAUCCCAAAGAUGAUGAGUCAAACUGCGCGAAAGUCUGUGGCAAUGAUCCAUCUACCUUGGUACCGCGACCCGACCGUGGAGAAUACGAAGAUGAUCCGACUAUACACUAUGGUCUUAUAGCUUCUUCAAAUAGCUUGAUGAAGGAUGCAUUGGCACGCGACGCCCUUGCAGCAAAGAAAGGUGUCCUCUGCUUUGAGAUGGAGGCAGCGGGGCUUAUGAACCAUUUCCCCUUUCUAGUUGUCCGCGGUAUAUGCGACUACUCCGAUUCGCAUAAAAAUAAAGAGUGUCAGGGAUUUGCGGCAAUGAUGGCAGCUGCAUACGCAAAAGAUCUGCUGAAACAGAUACCCCUGAACAAGGUAGAGGCCGAGAAACCUAUCAACGAAAUUUUGAGCUCUAUUGAAUGCACAGGAAAUGAAACUAAAAAAGCUGUGUCGAAUUUAGCAUCUGACAAUCGUUUUACCAAAAUCAAGGAGUGGCUAUCCCCGUCAGAUUUCUCUACCAAUGCCAACAUGGCAAGACAACGCCGUCAUCCAGGCACUGGGAGCUGGCUUUUGAAAAGCUCUACCUUUCAAGAAUGGAAGCUCGGGUCGCGCCGACACUUGUGGCUCUAUGCUCUAGCAGGGUGCGGAAAGACCAUCCUGAGUGGGACAAUCCUUGAUCACCUCCAGAAAUCAGCCAAUAACUAUACCACAAUCGCAUUCUUCUUCGACUUCAACGACAGCAGAAAACAAAAGCUGGAAGACCUGGUACGCUCACUGGCAGUUCAGCUCUAUCACGCAAGUAGUGAAGCAGCGGAGACGCUCGAUCGUCUUUUUACUUUCCAUAGUAAAGGAUGCAUACAACCACGUACAGAUGCAUUGUCGAAUUGGGUUAGCGAGAUGAUAACAGCCACUGGAAAUGUAUUUAUCAUCGUCGAUGCUCUCGACGAAUGCACAACAAGAGAUGAGCUGUUGCAUUGGAUAAGAGAUUUGACACGCAACAACAACAAAGCUCAAACUCUCUUAACUGGUCGACCAGAGGCCGAGUUCCAACACGAGAUACCUAGCCUGAUUGACCAAGACAAUUGCAUUUUACUUGAUGAGAGAAAUGUCAACGCCGACAUCCGAUGUUAUGUCGAGGCUGAACUCGAGAACAACCCAGAUUUCGUGAAGAAAGGAUUAUCUCAGGACUUGCAGCAUGAGAUACGAGAUCUUUUGGGAGAUGGAGCUAGUGGCAUGUUUAGAUGGGCAUCAUGUCAACUCAACAGUCUCGCCAGAUGUCUGAGCCCGAAAGACAUCAAGCUAGCUCUGAAGACCUUGCCGCGUGAUCUGGAUGAGACAUAUCGUCGCAUGCUCGAGAACAUACCCGCUGAAUACAAGAGCCAUUCAAUUCGUCUCUUACAAUUUCUCGUCCACUCCAAAAGGCCUCUGAGCCUAGCUCAGGCUAUUGACAUCAUAGCUACUGAGAUAGAUCAAGAACCUCGAGGCUUUGAUCCUAAUGGUCGGCUGUCCUUAAGUGACGACAUUCUGAGAUACUGUCCCGGCAUGUUGACCAUCGUCAGAGCCGAGAUAUGUACGAACACAUGGGAAAUACUUCGUCUGGCUCAUUUUUCUGUCAAAGAAUAUCUUCUUCAACAAGAACAAUUCAAUCUUGAAAGGGCCAGCAUUGUCAUAGUCAGAACGUCCUUGGCUUAUCUUACUGAUGCCACUGACGCCGCUGACGCCACUGAUGCCACUCAUGAUCGUGAAGCAUUCCCCUUGGAAUCGUAUGCGGCAACAUAUUGGCGGAAAUUUGCUGUUUCGGCUGGAGACUCUGAAGAAUGCCUAGCCGCCAUAAACACAUUUUUGCAAAACGAGAGAGCAGUUGAUCGAUGUCAAGAUUUGGACGAACAGGAUUGCAAGAGAGACUCUAUAAAGGAUGCGCUGUCCUAUGUUUGUCAUCAUGGACUUCUGGUUCCUGCAAGAUAUAUAAUAAUCAAGGGAGCAGAUAUCAACGCGCGAAAUGGUCUAGCUCUCAAGGUUGCCUCAUAUCGAGGUCACUUGGAAAUAGUACAGUUACUCUUGGAUAAAGGAGCGGAUUUAAACAGAAAAGGUGGUCUUUAUGGCUAUGCCUUGCAGGCGGCUUCUGCGUCUCUUUUUGGCAAUCGUUCAGGAGUAGUGCGGCUGCUCUUGACCAGAGGAGCAGACGUUAAUGCGACUGGUGGUCGGUAUGGAAAUGCCUUACAGGCUGCCACGGAGAGAGGCCAUUUAGGAGUGGUACAACUUCUCUUGGACAAGGGCGCAAAUGUCAAUGCGGACAUCGUUCAACUCCUCUUGGACAGAGGAGUAGAUGUAAAUGUGACUGGUAACUAUGGGAAUGCCUUAUAUAUUGCUUUACAGAAGGGAUUCUUCAAUAUCGUUCGACUACUCUUAGACAAAGGAGCAGACGUCAAUGCUGGCGGCGAGUCUAAAAAUGCCUUAUAUGCUGCUUCAAGCAUGGGCCACUUGGAAAUCGUUCAACUUCUCUUGGACAAAGGAGCAGAUGUCAAUGCGAACGGGAAGGAUGGGACUGCCUUACAUGCUGCUUCAGAGAAGGGCUUCUUUCAUGUCGUUCAAGUUCUAUUGGAAAGAGGAGCAGAGGUCAAUGCGACUAGUGGCGAAUAUAGAACCGCCCUUCGAGCUGCUACAUCAUCGGAAAACGGCUUGGAAAUCAUGAGACUGCUCUUGGACAGAGGGGCAAAUGUCAACGCAAGUAGCUCCCGUUCCGUAAAACCUCUACACAUCGCUGUAUCCCGGAACGACCCCGAAGCAGUCAAAUUGUUGUUAGAUAGAGGAGCUGUGGUUUCCCAGAAAAUGUUGCAAAUUGCCUCAAAGAAAAGUCCGAGGAUCGUGCAAAUGUUACUGGCUUCGCACAACAUCGAGACACCGACCGAAAAGCGGACCAAAAAACGGACAAGAUCGGUACACUUUGGGAGUCGAAAAAGAAGACGUCGUCUCUAG